AACAAACCAAAAUGUUUUCUUCUCAGCAGCUAUUUCUCUCCCUUUGCUUAUCCUUCACCAUCUUUUCAUUGUUCGCUCAAGCCUCUGUUCCUCCUUCUGCAACCUUCAAAUAUGUCAAUGAAGGUGAAUUCGGGGAUUAUAUUGUGGAGUAUGAUGCCAAUUACCGAGUCUUAGAUCCAUUUGCCCACCCAUUUCAACUUUGCUUUUAUAACACCACUCCUAAUGCAUAUACUCUUGCUCUGCGUAUGGGUACAAUGAGGUCUGAGUCACUUAGGCGUUGGGUUUGGGAAGCCAACCGUGGCAACCCAGUUGGUGAAAAUGCCACCCUCACCUUUGGAACUGAUGGAAACCUUGUUUUGGCCGAUGCUGAUGGCCGGAUUGCUUGGCAAACCAACACUGCCAAUAAAGGCGUUGUUGGGUUCAAGUUACUCUCGAAUGGUAACAUGGUUCUUCAUGACUCUAAGGGUCGGUUUAUUUGGCAGAGUUUUGAUCACCCAACUGAUACCCUUUUAGUGGGUCAAUCUCUAAAGCUAGGGGCUUCAACCAAGCUUGUGAGUCGUGCUUCUGAAAAACAGAACGCCAAUGGUGCUUAUAGUUUGGUCAUGGAGGACAAGACCUUAGCCAUGUACUACAAAUCUCCAAAUUCCCCAAAAUCUUUGCUUUACUUCUCAUUUUCUGAUCUUUUAAGUAUAUUAGAGGGUCCUUUGAAUCGUGUAACAUUUAUCUCAGGUUUAUCUUUAGAAUACCAGGGUUCUAAGUCCUCUUCUGGUGGAACUCUCACUCUUAGAAGGCCUAAAUACGAUACCUCAUUGUCUUAUCUUCGGUUGGAAAUAGAUGGAAACCUUAAGAUACACACUUAUGAAGACGAUGCAGAUUGGAGUGCUUGGCAAGUAACCUACACUCUAUUUUCUAAAGACUCUUGGGAAACAGAAUGCCAAUUGCCAGAAAGGUGCGGAAACUUUGGGCUAUGCCAGUAUGAUCAGUGUGUUGCUUGUCCAUCACCAAAAGGCUUGCUGGGCUGGAGCAAGAACUGCAGGCCACCAAAAAUAUCUUCAUGUAGAGUGAAAGAUUUUCACUACGACAAACUAGAAGGGAUUGAUCAUUUCAAUUCCAAAUACACAAAUGGAGAUGGACCUAUGAAGCUGAAUGCUUGUAGCAGCAAAUGCACUAAGGAUUGCAAGUGUUUGGGUUAUUUCUACCACACCCAGUCAUUCAAGUGCUGGAUUGCCUAUGAUCUCAAAACCUUGACAAAGGUUAAUAAUUCUACACAUUUGGGCUUCAUUAAAACGCCGAACAAGUGAUUUUAGGGGCGUGUAUAUUUAGCUCGGUCUUAAGGUUAUAUAUGUAAGUAUGAACAAUAAAUGGAAGGAUAAGGAAGAAUAUGGCAAGUAAUUUCUAAUAUUUACCUCCAAAGCCAGUAAAUUUUUCUGUUUUUAGCAUUUUCA